AUGUACGAGGUGUUGAGCCACGACUACCGCACCACGACGCCCUACCGCGGUUCUCGGGUGGCCAUCAUCGGUGCCGGCUUCUCGGGCAUCGAUAUUGGUCUACAGGUUGCUGACGUGGCCAAGGAGGUGCUAUUAUUCGGCAAACAGGAGCAGCAACAACACGGGUUCCCGGCAAAUUUGAGGCAGAUCGACGAAAAAGUCGUUAAAAUCACUACCAAGGGCGUGCUGACAAUCCACGAGGAGCGCGAGGUCGAUCACAUCAUCAUCAGCACCGGAUACCAUUGCAGUUACCCGUUCUUGCCGGAGGGCUUGGUGGAGGUCGUCGGUGCCGGGCGAGUCGUUCAACCGCUCUACCAGCAUUUCGUCCAUCGCCACUACCCGACUUCGCUCUUUUUCCCGGGGCUCAACUUCAUCGCCGCGCUUUUCACAGCAUUCAAUUCACAGGCUUUGUACGGCUUAUCCUUGGUCGAGGGAAAAGCGGACGUCCCUAGCGAACCGGAAAUGGAUGCAUGGGAGGGAAGGCAACUAUCCCGAUUAGGCCAACGACCAUUCCGGCACUAUCACAUGUUGGCCAACGACCAGUGGGAUUAUUACGAUGAGCUGCAACGGAAAG